AAAAAUAUGCUCUCCGAACCCAAUAUCUUCCAAGAGACCCAGAAUCAAACGUGGGCUCAUCAGCUAUAGCACUCUCCCUCAUGUGCCCUCGAUUGCUCGUCUGCCGUCGGCGGUCAGGUACUGUUGUGUAGCAGCGACGUCGUCUAUCAGGUACUGUUCUCUCUUCUGGAACUGAGUCGUUAAAUCUUUCGUUCCAGAUCGAUAUCGUACAGCAAUUGGGUACGCUCGAUCCAGAUCGAAAUCCGUAGGGGGUGAGCGAAUUAGGCAACUAUGUUUCUGAUGGUUAAAGUGAGUACUUAUUUGUUUGAUCUAGCGUUAUUUUUAUUAAAAGUUGUGUUUGGAGUCUUGGACAAUUGAUUGGAUGGUAUUUAGUGUUAGCCGAAUAAUAUAUAUUAGAUUCUUUGUUUUUUCCUUUUUUGUGUAGAUUGGUUUCUGAAUUUAUCACUUGUCUUUCGGAUGGAAGUAGCCUCUGCUAACAUUGAGCAAGUACCAGAUGGUGAGUGCAAUGAUAUUGUAACUGAUAGAGAUGGUGUCCUGACAGAAUUAGAUGUUGAAAAUGGUGUCCUUGAAGGAAGAAAGCAAUUUGUUGCCCCCGCUGUUGGAAUGGAAUUUGAGUCUUAUGAUGAUGCUUAUAAUUAUUACAACUGCUAUGCUAAGGAAGUGGGAUUUCGUGUUAGAGUGAAGAAUUCAUGGUUUAAGAGGAACAGUAGAGAGAAGUAUGGUGCAGUACUUUGUUGCAGCAGCCAGGGUUUCAAAAGAAUUAAAGAUGUAAACCGUUUAAGAAAAGAAACAAGAACUGGCUGUCCUGCAAUGUUAAGGAUGAGGUUAGUGGACUCCAAGAGGUGGAGGGUACUUGAAGUUACACUUGAACAUAACCAUUUGUUAGGUGCUAAGAUCUACAAAUCAAUUAAGAAGGUGGGAAGUGGAAUGAAAAGGAAGUCACAGUCAAGUUCAGAUGCAGAAAAACGAACAAUUAAGUUGUACCGAGCACUUGUGAUAGAUUCAGGGGUCGAUGGGACCUCAAAUUCGAAUCCAACAGAUAUCAGGAAUUUUCCUGAUCAUCCCAAUCAGUUGAACCUUAAAAAAGGUGACACACAAGCAAUCUAUAACUAUCUUUGCCGAAUGCAGUUGACUAAUCCGAACUUCUUUUACUUGAUGGACCUCAAUGAUGAUGGGCGGUUAAGGAAUGUGUUCUGGAUGGAUGCUCGGUGUAGGGCAGCCUGUGGUUAUUUUGCUGAUGUGAUAUACUUUGACAACACAUAUUUGUCAAAUAAAUAUGAGAUCCCACUUGUGGCAUUUGUAGGGAUAAAUCACCAUGGGCAGACAGUAUUGCUUGGUUGUGCCCUGCUUGCUGGGGAGACAACGGAAUCUUAUACUUGGUUGUUCAGAGCUUGGCUUACAUGUGUAUCAGGACAGUUUCCACAAACAAUUAUUACUGACAGGUGCAAGGCUUUACAGAGUGCAAUUGCAGAGGUAUUUCCAAGAUGCCAUCAUCGGUUUGGUUUGUCACACAUCAUUAAAAAAGUUCCCGAAAAAUUAGGAGGAUUGCGCAACUAUGAUGCCAUUAGGAAGGCAUUGAUUAAAGCAGUUUAUGAAACUCUGAAGGUGAAUGAAUUUGAAGCAGCAUGGGGAUUCAUGAUUCAGCGUUUUGGGGUUGGUGAUCAUGAGUGGCUUCGUUCUUUAUAUGAAGACCGAUUUCGGUGGGCUCCAGUUUAUUUAAAAGAGACAUUUUUUACUGGAAUGUCGGCUGCACGUCCAGGUGAAACCUUAAGUCCAUUUUUUGACAGAUAUGUGCACAAACAAACUCCACUGAAAGAAUUUCUUGAUAAGUAUGAAUUGGCUCUGCAAAAGAAGCAUAAGGAAGAAGCUCUUGCAGAUAUUGAGUCACGAAGCUCAAGUCCCACUUUAAAAACAAGAUGUUCCUUUGAGUUCCAGCUUUCAAAAGUUUACACAAGAGAAAUUUUCAAGAAGUUUCAAUUUGAAGUGGAGGAGAUGUAUUCUUGUUUUAGCACUACACAGUUACACGUUGACGGGCCAAUCAUAAUAUUCUUGGUCAAGGAGCGUGUUGUGGUUGAGGGAAAUAGGCGAGAGAUUAGAGAUUAUGAAGUUCUGUACAACAGAACAGCAGGCGAGGUUCGUUGCAUUUGCAGUUGCUUUAACUUCUAUGGGUAUUUAUGUCGACAUGCAUUGUGUGUGCUUAAUUUUAAUGGAGUGGAGGAGAUCCCUUCCAAGUACAUUUUGUCGAGAUGGAAAAAGGAUUUCAAGCGUAUAUAUAUUCCAGAUCAUGGCUCCAGUAAUGCCGAUGACACCAACCGCAUGCAAUGGUUCAAUCAGUUAUAUAGAAGUGCCUUGCAAAUUGUAGAGGAAGGUGUGAUUUCUCUUGACCAUUACAAGGUAGCAUUGCAAGCAUUUGAAGAGUCAUUGAAUAGGGUUCAUGAUGUAGAGGACAAAAGGGGCAUUUUUGAUAUUUUAGCCCCAUAUCAAACUUCAGUUCAGUUCAGUUCAGUUCAGAAAAAAAACCUUCAGUUCAGUUCGAUCGAACUAAGCCACUUUGUACGUCACGCGCCACUUUCCUUGCUGAGCGAGUGUACUUGCCGAUUUUCCGGAAGCUCCCCCGCGACUCUCCGAUCAGAUAUGGAUGAAGUUUCUCUGAACACGGAGCCAGCGGGCGAUGAUGAUGCUGAUGAAUUUGAGAUUGAAGGAGACUGUGCAAUGACAGAUUUUAUCAGUCAAACUGGCAUUAUUCAAGGCGAGAACCCUCUCCCUCCUGUUGUUGGAAUGGAAUUUGAUUCUUACGAGGAUGUGUAUUACUUCUACAAUUGCUAUGCCAAGCAACAGGGAUUUGGGGUUAGGGUAAGCAAUACGUGGUAUAGAAAGAGCAAGGAAAGAUACAGAGGAAAACUUAGCUGCAGUAGCGCAGGUUUCAAAAAGAAGAGUGAAGCAAAUCGCCCAAGGCCAGAAACUAGAACCGGUUGUCCAGCAAUGAUAAAGUUUAGGUUAAUGGACUCGAACAGGUGGAGAGUUAUUGAAGUUGAGCUUGAGCACAACCAUUUGAUUAGUCCAGCAAGUGGAAAAUUUUAUAAAUCUCACAAGAGCGUAGGUGUGGGAACUAAAAGAGCGUUGCAGUUAGAUACUGCUGAAGAAGUGCAAAAGAUCAGGCUAUUUCGAACAGUGAUCAUUGAUUCUGAGGGUAAUGGAAGCAUAGAUGUUGAUGAAGGAGAAUCUGGGAAUAGAGUUGACUACUCCAAUCAAUUGAAGCUUAAAGAAGGAGAUGCCCAAGCAGUUCAGAAUUACUUUUCUCGCUUGCAGUUAAUGGAUCCAAACUUCUUUUAUGUGGUGGAUCUAAAUGAGAAAGGAUGCUUGAGAAAUUUGUUCUGGGCUGAUGCGAGGACAAGGGUUGCUUACAGUUAUUUCUGUGAUAUAGUUGCCAUUGACACUACAUGCUUGGAAAACAAGUUUGAAGUCCCGCUGGUGUCAUUUAUUGGAGUAAAUCAUCACGGACAAUCUGUGCUGCUAGGCUGUGGUUUACUUGCAAGUGAGACAGUUGAAUCCUAUACAUGGUUGUUUAGAGCUUGGCUCACAUGCAUACUGGGACGCCCUCCUCAAGCGAUCAUUACUAGUCAAUGCAGAACAUUGCAAACUGCCAUUUCUGAUGUUUUCCCCAGAGCUUCUCAUUGUCUUUGCUUAUCACAUAUAAUGCAAAAAUUUCCAGAAAAUUUGGGAGGAUUGUUCGAGUAUGAAGCAAUUAAAGAAUCUUUUAGUAGAGCAGUUUACUACUCUCUGAGGGUGGAGGAAUUUGAAGCAGCUUGGGAGGAUAUGGUCCAGCGCCAUGGAAUUAGAGAUCAUAAAUGGCUUAAAGCAUUAUUCGACGAUCGGAAGCGGUGGGUUCCAGUAUAUUUGAAGGAUAUAUUUUUGGCAGGGAUGUCCCCUGUGCAACCAAGUGAGGUUGUCUCUUCAUACUUCAAAGAAUUUCUUCAUAAAGAUACUCCUUUAAAGGAAUUUUUAGAUAAGUAUGAUCAAGCUCUGCAAACGCAUCAUCGGCUGGAAGCCUUGGCAGAUUUGGAUUCAAGAAAUUCGAGUUAUAUGUUGAAGUCAGGAUGCUAUUUUGAGUUGCAACUCUCCAAAGUGUACACUAAUGACAUUCUUAGGAAGUUUGAAUCAGAGGUAGAAGGAAUGUACUCUUGUUUCAGCACUAGUCAGUUAAAUCCUGAUGGGCCAGUCAUAACACACAUAGUGAAGGAACAAACUGAAGUUGAUGGAAAUAGGAGAGAGGUGAGAGACUAUGAGGUUUUGUAUAAUCCAUCUGAGAUGGAGGUCCUUUGCAUCUGUGGCAUGUUCAACUUGAGGGGAUAUUUGUGCAGGCACGCACUAUCAGUCCUUAACCAAAAUGGCGUGGAGGAGAUCCCGGCUCAAUACGUCCUUUCGCGAUGGAGAAAGGAUAUUGAACGCAAUUACAUUUUUGAUCAUAGCUGCAGUGGCAUUGACAUUAAUAACCCAGUUCACAGGUAUGACCAUUUGUAUAAAUGCAUUGUGCAAGUUGUGGAAGAAGGGAGGAAAUCACAAGACCGAUACAAGGUUGCAUUCGGGGCUUUGGAUGAGAUAUUGAAUAAGCUUUGUCUUACAGAGGAUCCUACCCUGUAAGUGAGAAAUUAUGUACAGAAUGAAUGGUGUAACACAUAACAUUAAGGCACCAUCUCUUUGUAGCUGGAAAUUUAUGUACAAUUUCUGUGUCAUUUUUCUCGCA